AAUACAUCUUUCACCUCCUUCCCAAGGUCAUUUGACUUCUUCUACCUCCGGCCGCGCCCUAUUCUUCAGACUACUCGCCGGCCAGUUUCAGACGUCGUCGACGACGAAGCAGGUCUUCCACCUGUCGACAGUAUCACUCCACGUCCGACAACCGAUUUAGUUGGUGUGGAGACAAAAUGGGUUUUUCUUCUUCUGCCGCAUCUUGGAAAGCUAUGAAUAUCUAUCGUAAUCUUUUGAAAGCUGUGAGGAAGCAUGUAGGCAAAGAGGAUUACAAGCGUCAUUUCACCGAAUUUGUAACUCAGGAAUUUCGAAAGAGUAGCAGCAUUUCAGAUCACUCUGUAAUCAAGCAAAAAUUGAAGCUUGCUCGUGACUACACCUUGCAUUUGAACAGCCUUCAUUACCAUAAGGAAUUGCUGUACUCUUACAAUGUUGCAAUCGAUAGAUCAGAUGAAAUGAAAAAAGUAUUGGGAAAAUCUGCUGCAAGUGUGGGGCUUCAACUGCCAGAAGUGUAUCAGCCUUGAUCAUUGAAAGUAACUAGUUUUGAAUAACAACAUCAUCGAAAUAAAGAGGCCAAAUGGUUUUCGGUUCUGAGUAUUAUGCGUUGGGAAUGUAUGUAUCAAAUCGUUCUGGUUGGGAAUGAGUUUAUGGUGAAAAACAAAUAGUUGGUGUCUCCAAAUUUAAGAGAUUCACAUUUUGCAUCACUUUUGUAUUUAAACCCUAAACCCUUAUAUAAGUUGUCUUAGUGAGUAACUAUUUUUUUUUUGUCUUU